AUGUAACCGGAAGUACACAAUCCAUCCGUAACUAGAGCAGGACGAAACAGUGGAGUUUUGCUGAACAUUUUAUUAUAACAACUCCCAAGGAUGUGAGUUCAUGUCUUUAUUUGUUGAGUUGUUGCUCAUAUUGUAGUCAUUUUUCGUAGCAAGACCUGGUGUUAAAAUGGCACCAUGACGUGUUUGUAUCUGAGUGGAGAUAGCCGUAGCUUUCCCAUUGAGCGACAGAGGAGGCGACGUCACGUCAGCUAGUUCGGUGACCUGUCAGACUAAGAAGGAGCAGCAACUAAAACGAAUGAAAACAUGUCGCCGUCGCCUUUCUUCCCGCUGGCGAUCAAUUGCUUCUUGUCAGCACUCGGCUGUUUGGCCACGUUGAAGCUGAUUCCCGCUUUCAAAGACCAUUUCAUCGCGGCUAGAUUGUACGGGAUGGACCUAAAUAAAGUGACCAAAAAUCAAGUUCCAGAAUCUCAGGGUGUCAUCAGUGGGACGGUCUUCCUCAUCAUCCUCUUCUUCUUCAUCCCAGUGCCUUUCCUCAGCUGCUUUGUAGGAGAUCAGUGUAAUGGCUUCCCACAUGAUGAGUUUGUGCAGCUAAUAGGCGCUCUGCUGGCCAUCUGUUGCAUGAUCUUCCUGGGCUUUGCUGAUGAUGUGCUCAAUCUGCGGUGGAGACACAAGCUGCUGCUUCCUACCAUGGCUUCCCUUCCACUGCUCAUGGUGUAUUUCACCAACUUUGGCAACACAGUCAUUGUGGUGCCCAAACCACUCAGGGUACUACUCGGGCUGCAUCUGGAUCUAGGUAUUCUCUACUACGUCUACAUGGGCAUGCUGGCAGUAUUCUGCACCAACGCCAUUAAUAUCCUGGCUGGCAUUAAUGGCAUUGAGUCAGGUCAAGCUCUGUUUAUCUCUGUCUCCAUAGUCGUCUUCAACCUGCUGGAACUCAACGGUGACUACCACGAUGACCAUGUUUUCUCACUGUACUUCAUGAUACCGUUCUUCUUCACCACAUUAGCACUUUUUUACCACAACUGGUAUCCCUCAUCUGUGUUUGUGGGAGACACUUUCUGCUACUUUGCAGGAAUGACUUUUGCCGUUGUCGGCAUCCUGGGACACUUUAGCAAAACAAUGCUUUUGUUCUUUCUUCCUCAAGUGGUUAACUUCAUCUAUUCAUUGCCUCAGCUUUUCCAUAUUGUCCCCUGUCCCAGACACAGACUACCCAGGUUGAAUCCUGAAACAGGAAAACUGGGAAUGAGCUACUCUAAAUUCAAAAGAAAGGACCUUUCCAAACUUGGAAAUCUCAUUCUGCAGGUUGCAGAGCUAUUGAAGCUUCUUGAGGUGCGCAGAGGCCAAGAGGGAGCUGAUGAAUUCAUCGAGUGUAACAACAUGACCAUAAUAAAUCUAGUCCUGAAAUUCCUUGGACCCACUCAUGAGAGGAAUCUCACUGUCAUCAUGCUGUUGAUACAGUUGAUCGGCAGCACAGUGGCUUUUGGGAUCCGUUACCACCUGGUGCGCCUCUUCUAUGACGUCUAGAUUACUCACAAGCAAACACAAGAGAUUUCUGAUGGAGAAACUUUUCUUUUUGAAACCAGUUUUCAAGCGCGUUGUGUGCCUGCCUUAAAAAAGAUUAUAUUACCUCAGUUUGCUUUGUUUUUCACACUGCCGUAAAGACUUCUGUAAAAUUAUUCUUAAGGAGAAUAUCAUGACAUAGCAAGCUCUUUUUAUUUCCUGCCUUAUGUUGUGGGGUCUAUCAAUUUUCAUCAGGAAAGUGUAACCAUGUCAUAUUCACAUUUCCACCCAAAAAUUAUAUUUUUGUUCUGAUUGUAAUGAGUUUCCAUCAACCACAAUUCAUUAAUUGAAGUUGCUUAUAGCGUGGUCUUGGAGGCCACUCCAUGGCCAUCAAUUGAUUCAAAAUGCAGGGAACCUCUGUAAAUAGAAGGGAGAUCAAUACAUCAAUUUAAUAAUGAUGUUUUAAUACUAUAAAGUCCUCCAAUGUUUAUGUUAGAAUCAAGUAAAAGACAAGCGGUAGAAAAUGGAUGGAUGGAUUAGAUACUGGAUCACGAAGUACAAAGGCCACGUUCAAACUGCCAUCUGGUCCAUUUAACAAAUAUAUCAAGGUAUCAUGUAAAAUGUUACCUUUUCAACAUCAAACGGAUGGUAAUAUGCAACAUGAGAGUGUAUUAUAAUGGUCUACUGUGUGGAAAAUACAACUUUUUUUGAAGUUACUGAAAGAUAAAGGCUGGUGUUAUAAUAUAGAAGUAUAUUUUGUCACCAGAAUAUUUUGUCAAAUUGCACUGGUAUACUGUGUUUUGGAAUGUAAAUUCAAAUGUGAUGAUGGGGAUUUUAGAUAUGGUUGACACAAAUUGUAAAAUAAAAGCUGAAACAAAGUGAA